AUGGUGUGGCUGCAGUACGCGGCGACCCGGAGGCAGCGCGCCGCCACGGCCGGCCUCUUCCUCACCGGCGCCCUGCUCAUCGCCGUCGCCGCGCGCCUCUCCUACGCCAACGUCGAGCCCCAGCGCGCCAAGGCGGCCGAGCGGCGCAAGGUCCUGGAGGCGUUCAUCGCCCGCAAGCGCGCCGCCGUCGCGGGAGCAGGCGACUCUCACUCCUCCCAGCCAGAUCCACCGAAACCCUAGCCGGGUCGCGCGCUCAGAAUCCAACUGCCAGUAUCCCCGGCAUUCAGUCGGCAGUCGGAGCAAAGGGGAUCGUUCUCCUCCUCACCUGGAUCGCAGGUGUCACCUCAGUUGGAUAGCGAUGCUACUUUCAUUGUGUACUCCGUAUUUAGGAACUCGGCCCAACAUUGUAUUCUCAACUCAGAUUAUUCUUCCUACCUCGGUGGCAGAAUCAUACUGCAGUGUUCCUGUACUCAGCCAAGCAUUUCGUGCACAGUUACCGUUCCCUUCGAGAGCUUGCCUGCUCUGCACUACUAGAUUUUGCACGGCACAGUAUGUUCUGCUGAUCUAAAUUUCUGCCCCCUCUUGAUAAUUGUUUGCUUGUGCUUCAGUAUUUUCAAACCGGGAUUUCAGAUAAAUAAACCGAUUGUUGCUGUACAAGCAUUGUUUUUCUUGUGGCUGAAGUUAUGUAGA